CAACAUAUGGCGGCUGUCUGUCAAAAAUACUCUUCGAGAUUGGGGAUACUCUUCGAGAUUGGGGGAUGAAGUGCUUCUCUGAAACGUUAUAGAUUGAAAAAUACUACGCUGCCCAGUUCCAGUUACAACAAAGCAGAAGUUUAAGCAGAAAGUGCAAAGCACACGAACCAUUGGGAUGAAGUCUCUACUGCAAGGAGUCGUGUGUGUUGCACUGGUACUCGGCCUGUCAGUGCAGGGAGAAUCGUUGGGGGUGAAUGAAUGCAGUAAAGUUUACCAUAAACUUAGGACUCUGUCUAUUACAAAAUACCACACCGAGUCGUAUACUUCGAAGUGCGGAUGGUGGAAACGGUGCACACGAACAAGACUAGCGUCGGUUCCACAAUAUUUCUCAGAAUGGACCCCUGAGGAACGUACUGAAUGUUGCGAUGGAUGGCGCAGAGAUCGCAUUGGUCAAUGUGCAAUGGCCAUUUGCGAUCCACCGUGUAUCAACGGAGAUUGCAUCGCACCAGACACCUGCCAAUGUCAGCCUGGAUACACUGGUACAAACUGCAGCACAGACAUCGACGAAUGUGAUAUGCAGAUCAGUAUAGGUGUCUUCAACUCUGUUCUCAAGUGUGACCACAUGUGCAUCAAUUCCAUUGGUAGCUAUAGAUGCGAAUGUGAAUCGGGAUACACUCUAGACACUGAUCGACACACGUGCAAAGAUACGAAUGAAUGCCUGGUGAGUCGCACCCAUAACUGCCAGCAGAAUUGUACCAACAUUCAUGGAAGCUUCGAAUGCAACUGUCAUGGCGGUUACACCAUCAACGGAGACGGUGCAACGUGUAACGGUGUGGGCGAGUGUUCCAUUGACAUGGAAUGUGACCAGUUUUGCAUCAUUACCAAUGGUAGUUCUGAAUGUGCCUGUGAGAUGGGUUACCGCAACGACAGCAACAACUGCUAUGAUAUAGACGAGUGUUCCUUAGGGGAACAUGACUGUAGUCAGAUUUGCUAUAAUGGUAAUGGUGCCUUCACAUGUGACUGCUUUGAAGGCUACGAGCUUGGGAUGGACAACAAAACCUGCUUCGAUAUCGAUGAGUGCGCUCCUUCAUCCCUGAACUGUGAUAAAAUUCGAAUUUGCAACGUGACGGAUGAACACUCGGUCUGUCCUUACUUCAAAGGUCACAUUAUAAACACAACUACCGUCGAACUUAAUAUAGGCACUAAAGACGAUGUUGAAGUGCGACUCGUUGGCGGGCGAUACGAUUCCGAGGGCAGGGUGGAAGUCCUUUAUGGUGGUCGGUGGACCACUGUGUGUGGCAGUUCUUGGGACCUGAAUGAUGCUCAUGUAGUUUGCAAGCAACUGAACUACACCAAAGCAGCUUCUGUAACGCAUGGUGCAAGCUUUGACGAGGGAACUGGUCCUAUUCAUAUGCAUGAUGUUCAGUGUGUGGGGAACGAGAGAGACGUAAGAGAUUGUCCUAACCGAUGUGGACAAGCUGCCUGGGUUAACUGCACUUCAUCAGAGAUUCGCCUAGUAGGUAAUGGUUUACCAUACCAAGGUAGACUGGAGGUGUUUUACAACGGAGAGUGGGGCACCGUGUGCAACGACGGCUGGGACAGUUACGAUGCCAAAGUUGCAUGCAGGCAACUCAACUAUCCCGGCUAUCCCGGCUAUUACAAUUACCACAGUCGUCCUGUUUUUGGUGCCGGGAGUGGGCCGAUACACAUGACUGACUUGAGUUGCGGUGGGAGUGAGGCCAAAUUGGAGUACUGCUCACACAAGCAUAACCAUAAACCAUGCAGGCAUAGCGAAGAUAUGGUGCUUUACUGCCAACCGGGAACUGAAGACGUUCGACUUGUUGGUGGAACGUCAUCAUCGGGGAUCGUGGAGGUGCAGUACAGUGGCACAUGGAACACCGUGUGUGGGAAUAACUGGGACAUCGAUGACGCCCAUGCAGUUUGUAGGCAACUCCACUUCGCUGGGGCAUCAAGUACAAUGUCAAAUAGCACAUUUGGAUCUGGUUCAACUUCAGGGCUGGGAUCUUAUGAAUAUAGCAAUUUCGAGUGUGGAGGAAGUGAAACAAGAUUACUAAGUUGUAGUUACGAGAAAUACGCCGUCUGCCAGCAUAACCAGGAUGCUGGAGUAAAAUGUGAAAUCGACAAACCGCCCAACUUCAAUUGUACUGCACUUCAGGUGUGCAGCCAGACAGGCCGAAAACUGACAUGUGCCUGCGUGGAAAAUGAAGAACAUGAACUGACCAAUAUGACCGGCUCUACAGAAGGCCCUUGUAGAAACGACGACCCUACGAAUCCGACUAAGAUCCAUCUCUGUCGAAACCGUCCCGGAGACUUUAGCUGUGGGUGCGUGGAAGGGUUUCAGCUAACUUUCGAAAACAUCUUCUGUCAAAGUGAAACCACGCAUGACUGUAAUACUAUGCAGUCAUGUAGGAACACUAAGGGUGGAUAUGACUGCCCCUGUAUAGAGGGAUACACAAGAAAUAACGAGACUGGAGAAUGUGAUGAUAUUGACGAGUGUUCAACCGACUAUAUGAACUGCCCGGAAGCCCAAAUCUGUAAUACAUUCAACAAAACUAUCUUUUGUGACUGUCUGGAGGGUAACGCAACUGACUGUGAUCUGGACAACUGUACCAAUAUCUGUGCUGGAGUGGAGGUGUGCACCAAUGACGCCUGUUCCUGUUACCAAGGAUAUUUCCUCAACAACGAAAACAUGCCUUGCGAAGGCGGUGGCUGUGGUGAGAUGAUCCAUGAGUGCACUGACAUGGAGACUUGUAACAACACGAUUGGAGGCUACGAGUGCCCAUGCAUGAAUGGCUUCCUUAGAGGUCAAGGGGUCAACGCAACAUGUGACGAUAUUGAUGAAUGCAUGGAGGAAACCGAUGGUUGCGAUCAUCUCUGUAUGAACACUGUAGGUGGAUAUUCUUGCGCCUGCGUGGCGGGUUUCACAUUACUAGAGGACCGUCAUACUUGCGUCAUGCCAAUGUCCCUACAAGAAGCAUACAUGGCGGUCAAAGAGGGCGGCACUACCAAAAGGAGUUCAAUUGGUGGAUGGUUCUUCCCACUUGGUAUGAUCGUGGCGUGUGCUCUCGUUGCUGCUGUAGUGAUUGGUAGAAAGAAGUCUGAGAGGUUCCGUGAUGGCACAGACAGAAUGAUGUCGGCCGCGGAUGCACUGAGAGGGCGUCUAGCUAGGUCCGCCGCCCGGUCCGGAGCACAAUCCGCCCCUGGUAGUUCCGGCCGCCACGGCAGUCAGCUCUCCCCCGUGAAACCACGCUCUAACACGGCAGACGGCAUGGGAGACACAUCCAUCUAAACGAGAUUCAAUUCGCCUUCCUGGUUCGACGUUCACCCAGGAGGAGACGAUUGGAUAUCACCCUCGACUGACCACAAUUCUUCCCGACCAUGGCUUAA